UUAUAUGGAACCCAGUCGGCUCCAGUCGUCUCACAGUUGAUUCGUUGGCUUCAGGCGUGCUUAUGCCAGUUUAUGCUGAUCUCAUGAGCGGAUGUAAUAAGAGAGGUUAUAAAUAUGAGUAAUAUUUACAUACAAGAGCCGCCGACAACGGGCAAAGUGGUAAUGAAAACAACGGUUGGCGAUAUAGAUCUGGAAUUAUGGACGAAAGAAGCUCCCAAGGCUUGCAGAAAUUUUAUACAGCUUUGCAUGGAGGGUUAUUAUGAUGAUACAAUAUUUCACAGAAUUGUAAAAGGCUUCAUAGCGCAAGGUGGAGAUCCUACAGGAACAGGAGAAGGUGGUGAGAGCAUAUACGGGAAUCCAUUUAAGGAUGAAUUUCACACGAGAUUACGUUUUUGUCGGAGAGGAUUGCUUGCCAUGGCCAAUGCCGGCAAGGAUGACAACAGUUCCCAAUUUUUCUUUACACUUGCCGCAACACCUGAGUUACAAAAUAAACAUACUGUCUUUGGCAAGGUCACUGGCGAAACUAUUUACAACAUGCUGAAGUUGGAAGAUGCACUUGUAGAUGAAAAUGACAGACCUCGGUACCCACAGAAAAUUAUAAAAACGGAGGUCUUACACAAUCCAUUUCAGGAUAUUGUUCCAAGAAUAAUAUCUGAAAAGAAGGAAGACAAUAAAGAAAGAAAAAAGGAUAAGAAGACUGGUGUAAAGAAUUUCAAGCUACUGUCAUUCGGGGAAGAAGCUGAGGAAGAUGAAGAGGAAUCAUCAGUUUUAAACAAACAAUAUAGUGGCAAGGGAAAGUCAGCGCACGAUUGUUUAUCUGAUCCAAAGUUAAGCUCACAAUCUGUGGUCGAAUCUGUUGAACCACCAAGUAAAAAAAUGAAAGAGGAUCGCAGCAGCGAUUGGGAGAGUGAUGAUGAAACACGAACUCCGGAAGAAUUGGCCGCUUUAAGAGAAGAGAAAGAAGCUAUAAAAGAGAGAAUCAAGAACAAAUUGAAGGAUUCUAAAAAGACUUCCCAAUCAAAAUCGAAAAUCGAGAACGAUGAAACAAAAGAUGAAAAUAUAAACGAAGAUGCGGAAGUUGAUGAAUACUAUUUUGGAAAGGAUCGAGAUGAAGAAUGGAAGAAAAAGGCCGAAGCAAUAAGAAAAGAAAUACGUGAUCUGAAGCGCAGCGUACAAAGCGAGAAGAAAGCGAAGGAGUUAGAUCAAAAGCAACAAACCGAGAAGAAAGAAAAUAAGUCUGAAAUAAUGAAAGAAUACAUAGAGACGCAAGAAAAAUAUAAAAAAGCUAAGGAAAAAUUGCCUAAGAAGGGUAAAACACGCGAGGAUUUCACGAUGGAGCUAUUCAAACAAUUCAAGAGUAAACUUCAAAAUGCCAAGGAACACACGAAGGAUAAUACCGCGAGUUCCGAUAAGAAGACGUCGAAGGACGAUGCUGAGGACGACGAUGAUCCGAAUGAUGAAUCCUGGAUGACACACGUUUUGCACUGCGAGGAGAAGGCACCAGUUCUUGCCAAGGACGCCAGCACGAAGGACGACGAUUGGUUCGAGAUCUACGAUCCUCGAAAUCCACUGAAUAAACGACGAAGGGGAGAGAAAUCCCACGGGUCUAAAGAUGACAAAGGUGGAAGGAGUUAUUCCCGGCGUAAAAAUGAUUAAUAAUUGUUAAAUGAUGAUUAAUCAUUUUUAAUUAAUUAAAUACUCGUGCACGAAUAAUAAGUGUAUAUAGAAGCUAAAGAUUAUAUAUAAAUAUAAUGUAUAAAUUGUAUUUCGGUAAAAUAUACUUCUCGAAUGUCUUCGUCAAUCUUGAACUUUUUAGGAACAUGUUAUCAUAGUUUGUUCGAUAUUAAUGAAAAAAAAAACUGAAAUACAUUUAUUCUCAUUUAACUAA